UCUGCCCCAAUUACGUCUUGUCGUCAAGUAGCACAUUGACCUUAAGCCAAAUUAACAACACAGUUACAGGCAUGGAUUUUACAAAUUGCACGUUAUCAACAGCAACAAGGGCGGGUACUAAGUAACCAACAAGUCAAGUUAAAUCAAUAAACUAGUAAAUAUCCAAUGCUUGAGUUUGCAAAUGCUCUGUUGGGCCAACGAGGACAAACUAUCAAGGCAGCCUAAGCGGGAUCCUCAAAAGUAUCCCGAAAUUUUCAAGAAUCUGCUAUUGCGCUCUAGUGUGCCCAUUGUGAGUCAAGAAGAAGAUAAAGUGGCGACGACAAUGGCACCGCUGAAAGGUGUUGAGAUCACCAGCAAUCAAAAGCACAUAUAUCUUGAAAAUCGCAAAUUCGAUCAUCGCUUGGUCAAGGACAAUCUGCUGGACAGAUGGCCGACAGCGGAUCGGAACGAGUACAAAGAGCGCAAGGAUCAUCGCAAUCUCAUGGAAUCAUAUGUAUCAUUGAUCAAACUACCAUCCACAUAUACGUAUAGCCCUUGCACCUCGCACUGUAGAAACGAGCACGUUAAAUUUCUAGACAUUUGUAGUAGGCCUUGA